UUUUACGUUCGCCAUUACUAAUAGACAAUUUUUUAAACGCUAUAGCAUAAAUACGAGGUAAUUAUUCGGAGAAACGAAUAUGUUUCAUCCAUGUGUGUCAUCUGGAAUACUUCUUAUACUCCUUCGUAUGGCACAAGUGCCAUCCACAUAUGGAUUUGCUGAGCCUAACACUUGGACAAUGGAUCUGAAGAUGCCAGGUUCCACAACGUCACAGGAGGACGCCUAUUUGUUCACACACUUUCCGGUUCCUUACCCUCAUCGGACUUCUUACAUAGUUGAGAUUAUUCCUAGACCAAAUCACUCCACUGCCCAUCACAUGAUGUUACACGGUUGCUCGCAGCCGGUCCUUCAAGGUGUGGAGGAGAAUAUUGCCUCCGGCUCCUGCACCACACUAUUGUACGCGUGGGCUCACGGUGCACCUGGACUACGUUUUCCUCCUGGAGUUGGGGUUCCCGUUGGGCAAGCAUCGGAAAUAAAAGGAUUUCAGCUGGAUUUACACUAUCUUCCAAAGGUUAUCUCACCUGACCAAUCUGGAGUGACUUUGGUUUUUACUGACCAGCCACAACCGCGUUCAGCUGGGGUGUUCCUCAUGUUUUCCGCAGACGCCAUCAUCCCACCCGGGAGAAAAAACUUCACAAUCGACAUAUCAUGCCGUGUGCCAAAAGGUGUACAGUUUACUCUCAUGGCUAUGCGUACCCAUGCCCAUAGUCUUGGUCGCGUCAUUAUGGGUUAUCGCAAGAAGGAAGACAGUUUGAAACAACAACUACUCGGUCAAGGUAGUCCACAAUGGCCACAAGCGUUCUAUUCACUCAGAGAUCUAAAUGCAUCUUUUGACUCCAUCGACAUCGAGAGUGGUGAUAUCCUGUUCGCGCGAUGUGUGUACGACAGCACAAGCAGAUCCCGGAGGACAGUGAUCGGAUCAACUCAUAACGAUGAGAUGUGCAACCUAUACAUGAUGUACUACGCAAACUUGGAUCAACUACCUGGGAGUGCACUUGCAGUUACAGGAAAGUGGAUGUCUAGUGGACGCACUGGAGUAAUCCUGGCUGGGUCUCUGAUGCUUGCUGUGGUGUUCGCAUUCAUCUCCACGCUUGUUUGUAUUCGAAUGUGCUGGUGUGGGCGUAAAUCUGAUCUACCUCAGCGCAGAGCAAAUAAAUCAAACAACUCACGUUGGUCUGGUCGUCCUACUAGAGCACAAAAAGUUGGAUUUCGUUUACUAAACCAAACGAAUGACCUAUCAGAUGGUAUAAACAACAUGGACGAUGAGGAAGAUGAUUGCGAAGACGUACUUUUGCAAAGAAACCAACAUAACGGACUGAUUCCUGUUAAGGUAGACGCCGAAUCCGUUAGAUUGUCCAAGGAAAAAACGCUGCGGCAAGUUGCAUGUGUGGCAGACAGUCCCACCAUUUCGGGCAUACCUCCGGGUCUCUGGAACACACCAAAGUCUAAGGCAAAUCAAUUUUUGGCAUAA